ACCACGUGACGCAGUCACCUUAUCUCCCACGUUAGCAAUGACAGAUCGUUGAACAUUCAAACGGAAACACAGAAACAUUGCUCAGCAACUGUCGACUGCAGCAAAAGUAUGAAGUCGUCUUGCACUUUCUUGGAUUGGUAGAAGUUUGACAUCGGCAUAACGAUCUUAGAAAGGUCGACACAUGUCUCGAAAAUCCCAUUGAAGGAGUGAAAAUAAAAUGCACUACCUACCCGUUGUCUGGCGACUGGCCACGUCAGCGUUGCUGCUACUGCUGCAUACUGGUCAUCACGUGACCAGAGCGCAAAACAACUUUGGGAAUAUGACAGAGGUGAACCGCACCUUGGUGCUGGAACGCACUGUGACAGUGAAUCCCACCAGUGUGAAGUAUGGCGAGACGGUCACCAUCAAGUGCAACCUCAAAGUGAUGGUGGGCUUGAGUAACUCGGUGUACCACCUAUGGCUGUACCAGAAAAGUCUGCCAGUCCGCAUGGCCGCGUUCCACCCACAGUCCACGAACGAGGAGGGCUACCCGCGCGAGCUUGUCGCACACCCGAAUGGAAUUCGCUGCUACGAGAGCAACCCGAAGAACUGCUCAGGUCGAGACAUCAAAGCUGUGGGGAACAGAGUCAACAAUCAAGACGGAACAUACAGUGUAAGUUUAACGGUGACUUUCCGCGAAGUGGUUUGCUGCGACAACGACGAAUUUUACUGCUGGUUCUUCAUCUUCUCAAACGACCUGCCUCCUGCCGGUUUCAACUCCAGCAACACUGUGAAGCUCUCCAUCGACUGCCACCCCAAGAUCCUCGAGCAGCGCUGCUACCUGCCCGUGACGGCUCAGACCACAGCCAAACCGAAUACCUCCCUAAAGAAAUCAUAAGACAUGAGAUAUGUCCUGUCGGAGUGUACUGCUUACAUCACCUAAAAUAACUAAAAACACACCUACAAACACACACAACCUAAAAUGAGGGAGGGUCUUUUGUUCAGCCAGCAUCCAAUGAUAACUAUGACAGCAUCCAAUCAGCAUUUAACAGUCUAGCGCCGUGCACAGACCGACCUGUGAAAAUUGAGUGUGUAUGUAUGUGUGUGUGUGUGUGGAGGUGGGGGUGGAGGUGUGGAGGAUGUCGAACGUACGUGCUUUAAUCAGCUUUAAUCAUUUUUCACUGUGAGCGUCCCUUACGAGCUUCAGUGACAUGGAGAAAGAGUGAUUUGAAUCACAGAAGUUUCGAGUCGGACCAAGCCGCUUUCACGAUUGCCUGCUGUCGCCGAAGAAAUAAUUUUAGGUGGUGGGUAGUAGAAACACAGAGAAGCGAUGAAAGGGAAACAUGAUGUAGUCUGUUUUAUACGGGAAAAAGUCCCGCACGGUCUGCCCGUGUCUGGCUCCUCCAUCUUUGAUUGGCAGAGAGAACUUUCGUCGACCGCUAGUAUCAACUUCAUUCUUCUAGUGAGGGGGACUGGACAGGAAGGAUGGAGCGGUCUGAGAGAAUGAAGUCGGUGUCACUUCUGUGAACCGUAGCUGUACGCAUGAACAACAUAUUAUUAAUCAGCACAACCAUAAUUCCAAUUUAAUAGCUGUGAUGGUCUUUUUUUAAAAAAAAAAA